AUGACGAGCGUGCAGGACCGACUCAAGGCGCGAUGGGCGAAGACCGGGGGCGGGCCCGAGCUGGAGGAGAGGCUCAAGGCUGCCAAAGCGGAGCUCGCUCGGCGCGAUAAGGUGGUCAAGGCCAAGGCGCUCGGCGUGACCCUCCCGGACAAAGUCGCGGCGCCGGUCGUCGAUCCCAAGACUCCCGAGAGGACGGGCGACGGUCAGGCCGAUUCGUCGACGCCCCCGCCGCCCAUAUCGGUCGAGGCCGUCAUCGAGGAGGCCAGACGUAAGACCAUCGCGGAAGUCGAGGCCGCGAUCAAGCAGGGAGACGCCCCGGCGUGGGCCCGGGGCGUCGACUCGGAAGACGAGGACGAGGAGAUCAAGGCGCUCGAGGCGGGAUGCCGCGAGGUGACGGCGUACGCCGCGCCCAAGCCGACGCUCCCGCCCGAUCGGCUGGACCCGUCGCACCCGCUGGUCAGGCUCAAGGAUGAGGGCAACCAAUCCAUGCGACGCGGCGACUUCGAACUCGCCGCGCAGUUGUACACCCAGGCGCUCCACCCGGGCGACAAACGGAAGACGACAAACGACAUCGACGGCGUCCUCUACUGCAACCGCUCCAAAGCGCGCAUGCAACUCGACGUCCCCGACCUCGAAGGCGCGCUCGCCGACGCCGACGCCGCGUGUAAGCUCUGCCCGGAUUGGCCCAAGCCCAGGGCGAGGCUCGCCGAGGCUAACCUCGCGUUGGGUUUUUAUCGCGGCGCGAUGAUCGCGUGCCGCGACGGCGAGCGAUGCGAGAAACGCGUCAACGACCACUCGAAAUCGUUCGUCCCCCUCAUGGACCGCGUCGCGAUGAGAGCCGCGAGGGAAGGGUCCCUCGCCGGGUUCGACGGCAGGGUGAUUUACGUGCGGAGCGCGGGGGAGGAGGCGUGGCUCGGGAAGGAGGCUCCCGAAAACGCCGGCUUCGACGUCAUAGACCGCGACCCCUUCUCUAACGACACCAUCGACCCGUCGAAGCACCCAGACUUUGCACCCGGCCGCGAGGUGAACAGGCCGAUCCACGCCAGGUGUUUGCGGGACGCGUGCGAGAUCUGCGAGGACGGGGACAGGAUAUUGAUCCUGCGGGGCGUUCACAACGGCCUCGGCGCCGCGUGCGAGAUUCGAAAAAGGGUGUUGAUUCGCGGCGAGGGCGCGUUUCGCGAAGCCGUCAUCGACGCGAGGAACAACUCGCCCAUAUUCCGCAUACACAGGCCGUGCGUCAUCCAAAACCUCGACAUCGACUUCACCGGGUUCUCCGAGGCUGUUCGCGUGGAAGGUAAGCCGAGUAAUAAUCCCCUGAUUGAGCACGCGUGGAUCGCGUGCAGCGGCGACUUUGGCGUCGUCGUCGCGGGCGAAUCCGCUCCGACGUUUCGCAACUGCAAGAUCAAGGGGAAACGCGGCGGGAUGCGUUUCAUGCAGGACUGCGCGCCGGACAUCGUCGACUGCGUCGUGAAGGACUGCGAGGAAGGCGCGGGGGUGUACGCGUACGAUCGAUGCACGCCGCAUCUUCGCGACUGCGUCAUCGAGAACAACGAUCACGAGGGCGCCGUCGUCAUGAACCGGGCGGUGAUGACGCUCACCAACUGCCACGUCCGGGAUAACCGAGCGCCGGCGUGCGAGGCGACGCACGAGGGCAAGUUCAUACUCGACAGGUGUCACGUGCACGAGAACGUGGGCGGGAUCUGGCUCUGGGAGAAGGGAACGUGCGACGUUCGCGCCACCGUCGUCAUCGAGAAGACCGCGCCGGCUGUGCUCUGCGACCCGGGCGCCGAUACCAAGCCCAAGUUUGGCCGCGGAACCAUCAUCCACGGGUUCGUCAUGGCCAACGACGAAGCGCUCAAAAAGCUCACGCCCGCGCGGGGCGUCCAAUGGCAGAAGCCGGAGGCUGCGCCCUCGCUUCCGGGUGAGGUUGGAGCGUUCAAGUUCGAGUACAACAUGUUCACACGCAAGCAAUAA